CAGACAUGAGGCAGUGCUGAGGGUCCGGAGGAGAGCUGCUGAAAUGAGGCGCUCACACGGAGGAGCUCAGACCGCAGACAGGCACUCACAGCCGGGCACAGAGACGAGGCUCCACCGGCUCCUCCAGGCUGCUCCCGCCGACUGAAGAGGCUGUCCAUGCGGAGGCUAGCGCUCGCUCUGCUGCCUUGUGCCAUCGCCCUCCUGGUGCACUUGUGGUUGGUCCAACGACGCUCCGCAGAUCCGCUGGACAGCAACACAUCCUCGGACGAAGCUUUGCCGUUCUACGAUGUUUUGGUGGGAGUGCUCUCGGCUCGGCACCAUCACGAGCUGCGUCAGGCCAUAAGAGACACAUGGCUGGGCUACCUGCAGAGUCACCCCCACUUCCAGCACAGGGUGGGGGUGAAGUUUAUUGUGGGCAAACAAGGCUGCCCCAUCCCAGAAGAGGACAGAGCAGACCCCUACUCCUGCUCCCUCCUGAACUUCACCGAGCCACCCGCGGGGCAGUCUUCAGAGAUAGAGAUUGUGAAGCUGUCGGACCCCUCUGCUCUGCUCUCCUCGGAUGUUUCAGUCAUCGCUCUGGACUUUAAGGUGCUGCACCCAGUGGUGAUCACCCGUUUGGGGGUGUUUUCGAGCGGGACCCUCUCUGAGCCCCAGACCAAUGUGACUGUGAAGCUGCUCCAACUUGACCAAGAGUUGUACGUGUUUCAGGAGGCUGUGGUGACUGCGCGAUUCAGCUCCAUCAGCACUGGGGCCCUGGUGAACGGAGUGUGGUACAAACCAGUGGAGCAGUUCAUUUUGCCUAAGGGUUUUGAGGGGACUUUGGUUUGGGAGAGCCUGGACUCCGCUGGAUUAACUUCAGUCAACUCAUCGUCUGUGCAGCUCAAUGAUGGAGGAGGAGUUCUGAAGUUCUCCUCUAUAGCAGAGGGCAUACUGCCUCACAGAAGUGCACUCGGCUUCCCUGGUCUGGCUGGAGGCUUCACGUUCAAUAUUUACGAUGCUGAGACUCUGUCAGGGCUGCUGCGAGCUCGUCCAGCCCGGAUGGAGAAGCACGUUCUGGAGCUGAGGCAGGAGGACAUGUCCCUGGAGCAGGAGAGUCUGAGACAUGGAGACAUGGUGUUUGUGGAUGUGGUGGACACCUACAGGAACGUGCCCACCAAACUACUGCAGUUCUACAAGUGGUCUGUGGGAAAUGCAGACUUUAACCUCCUGCUGAAGACCGACGAUGACUGUUACAUCGAUGUGGACGCAGUUUUGACAAAGAUCGACCAGAAGGCCCUAAAACGCAGCAACUUCUGGUGGGGCAAUUUCAGACAGAGCUGGGCAGUGGACCGUAUCGGGAAGUGGCAGGAGCUGGAGUACCCGAGCCCGGCCUAUCCUGCUUUUGCCUGUGGGUCGGGAUAUGUCGUCUCCAAGGAUCUCGUCCAAUGGUUGGCCAGUAAUGCAGAGAAACUCAAGGCGUACCAGGGAGAGGAUGUGAGCAUGGGCAUCUGGAUGGCAGCUGUUGGACCCCAGAAAUAUCAGGAUGCAGGCUGGUUGUGUGAAAAGGAGUGUUACCUGGACAUGCUCUCCUCACCUCAGCACUCGGCCCAGGAGCUUCACCUGCUCUGGGGCCGGAAACAGGCCUGUGGGGACCCCUGUGGAUGUCCCUGGGGCCACUGAACUAACCAACACCUCUGCAAUGCAUUAUGGGUAAAGAGCGGGCAAUACCAGUUUGACUAUGGGUUAGUAAUAAAUUAACUAGGGCUCCACAAAAAACUCUUGUGAUAAUCAAACAACUAUAAGUACUGUUUUCUACAUUUUAAAUUCAUACAGAAGACCUCAAAUAUAUGAAGUAAGAUAUAAAGAAUUAUGUAAUAAAGGAAAGAAGUUGAAUAACUCUAAAUGUUUACUACAAAGUAAAGGGUGGCUACUUUGAGGAUUUGAAUAUGAAAUAUAAAACUAAACCGAAGAUUUUGAAGUUUUAGACCUAGAACUUUUCUUUGCUAUAUAAUGUGUGUUUUCUGUACGUAUAUAAAAUGUAGAAAGUAGUCCAAAAAAAAAAAAAAAAAAAACAUUGAUUGAGAUAUUGUGUCCAAACUUUUGACUGGUAGUGUAAAUGGCCAAGUUAAAAUAUCUAAUUGAUACUGGAAUACUGGCACUGUAGUACUUGUGUAUUUGUCACACAGCUUUCAUGGACCUGACAUUAUUGUUUUAAAUUAUUUUUAAUGAUCUGUGGUAGGUAAGUAGAUUAAUAUUUCAACCUUCCUUUCCAAACUUCGGUUUCCCCAAGUUUUUUCUCCACAACUUGAAAACAACUGCCCAAUAUUACACCAUCCUAAUAUGCUUCUGAGCUAAAAUGUGAGGGAAAAUAAGGCUCUUGAAUAAUUUAAGGGUUAGCCAUGGCUCAACAAGAUCCGAACCAGGUCACAUGUGGGCUAAAUUUAGGUCUAACCCAGGACUUAUUCUCUGAGGCAUAAGACUUACUGUAACUACGGCAGUAGUUAAAAUACAGUUAUGACAACACAAGGCUGAAUAGGAGCAUGAAAUACCUGGCUAAUUGAGACCUUGCAUCUGGUGUCAUCAGCAUUACCUGGAGGGGUGAUGCUAACUGGAGGCUCUACUCUGUUUGAAGCUCGGUUACUCGAGUUAGACUUUAAUCUGUUUUAACAAUCUCACCAGUUAGACAUGCUUAUACAUCACAUCUUUGUUUGCCAAUCAGUGCAGUAUAUUGAAAUUAUGGUAUAUUUGUGUUUAUGUCGGUGUACUCAGUGUAAUGACACAUGCUCGUCUUUGCCUUGAAUGUUCCAGAGUAUUAGCCUGAUUCAUCACACGGUUUCACUUCGUGGAGACGGUCUGGCCUCGCAGCAUUUGGAUUUGUUCGCUCGACAGAGGGUGGGCUCUUUUUUAAUUUAACCAAUCGCUGCUAUUUGGUUAUGACGUAUGUAAUGCACCGCUAACAGGGCUAACGGGUACAUUUAGCUUUUCCCAAAUCCCUUAGGAAGAAGGGCAAUAACGUCUUUCCCCUUGAUAAAAUUCACCAAACAUUCUCUUUAUUCCAGCUUUAAAUCCUUGAUCUUGGGAAUUGUUGCCAACACAGAAUGUAUGGCUCUUUGCUGAUUGGUUGGUCCCGAACUCGCACAUCCAGGGUUCCUGCAAACCGUCUAGUGUAUUCCGAUUUCUGACCUAGUCACUGUAGAGAAAUUAAAUUGAGCAGAGGCACUAGGUGAGUAUGGCAUUACACUUGAAUUAAUUAAUUAAUGAAAUCUCCGCAGAAACGAGGAGAGUCACCAAUCUUGGUUAUACUUGAGAUUUGUUGAGAGGCAAUCCAGCUCACAGCAUAAAUCCAUAUUUUAAAGGUAUUGUGACGCAAAAAAGAAAAGAAAACAAAAUAACACCCUCAGUCAAAUGAGUGCUAUACUGUGGAACAUUCCAGGCAAAGCUAUAAUAUCUCCAUGGAGACAUGCAGGUGCUGGACCAGCCACCAGAAAAGUUAACCUUAACGAUGCUUGUCCUGGUUUAGACCUGAUUAAGAUCUGGUUUAGUCUUGUUUAGCUCUCGUUUGUUUCUAUUUUGGUCCUGUGGGUUAUUUCAGGUUAAAAUGUGCACUUUGAAAUGAAACACUAUAUAUUGGGAAUUUGUGUGAAAGAAAAUAAUCAGCUUUUGAUACAUUGUGCAGCCCCAGUUAAUUGCAAUCAGUGCUGCUCAUCAUUUGAAUCACGCUUUGUUAGAAAUAUUGUAAAUUGUACCGAUUAUCACCACACAGUUUCUCUUGUUGUAAAAUGAAUUGUUUUGAAUUCACUUAAAAAAUUUUCACAUGUGUAGCUUUGAACAUGUGUAGCUUCAAAUGCACAUUCAACUGUAACAUAUGAACGAGCUUUGUGCCAUUGACGUGUAAAUACAGAACAAUCAAAGAGAAGAAGUGAGAGAGAGAAAAGUCUAAUAGCUGCUCUGAAACUUGGACAUUUUAUGCUCAUUUGUUGAAAAACUUGACAAACUUUUAAAGUAUUUUUGACACCAUUUUGUACAUAACGUUCAGCUUUACUUUACAAUGUACAUUCACGACGAGCUUUCUCACACAGAUGUUUGAAUGGUAGCUUUCAUUGUGCAAGUACAAGUGCUGUGGCCUUAAUGUAUUAUUAGACUUUUGGAUUAUCUUUAAAAUGUUUUUUGUCAGUAUCUGAAAUAUGUUUGCAAAGUUUUGUGUUGGAUUUAGGAUCUUUUAGAAAAUCCAAAAUGGCUCAGUUAAUCCCAGAUUUACGAUGGACAUUUUACUCUUUACUUCUCUACAAUAUUAUGAUUGAAAUACAGACUUAUUUUAAGACUAGCUCGUACUUAAACGUUCUGUACCUGAUUAAUUUCUCAUGUAUUCGAUCAAAACUUGCCCUUGGUCAGGCCAGUACAGAUAUAUUGUAUUCUUGAGGUCAAUUUAUGUCUACUACGUGCUGUCUGCACCUAAUUAUAAAGCGUUUUUUUGUCAGAUAAUCAUUAUUAGCAUUACUGUUGCAGCAAAACUCUUCACUGGUCUCUGAGAGUUAUGAAAAGUGCUUAUUAUAAACUUUAAAAAUAAAAUCACCAUGAAUAAUUAGGAUGAUUGGAAUGCCCAAGGUAAGUGCAGCAUAACUUUGGACUACUGCAAACUUUUAAAAAUUAACUAAUUUAAAUUUUUCACCUUUUUAAGACAGCAAAAACCUGGUACAGCGUUUUUGGACAAUUAUUCUUGAAUAAACAAAGUUUUCAUGACAUGCCUUUAAACACGCAAAGUUUAAAAUACAACUCCAGGUUUGUGGUUUGUUGGUGCACUCAAAACAAAGAAACGCUGACACAUACAUGUAAAAGUUUUCCAUUUCAGUAGAUCAUCUGAAAAUCUAAAUAGCUGGUUUUGGUUAAAUCAAAAGACACAAUAUAUUUCUUUUUUAGGAUCAAAUACAUUGUUUGAGUAUAAGGUUAUUGCAGUUCUAUUUUCAUGCAGCACUGUUGUUUAUUUUGGGCAAAUUAAAAGCAGGAGUGUCUUUUUGAUACAGUCUGUGCAACUUCAAUAUUCAUUUAAUAUCCUAAUAUUCAUAUUCAUGUUUGUUGUGGACCUUUGAUCAUUGCAAUUCAGAUUAAUUUAACUUUAAAUCUUACAGAAAUUGAAUGGUUUAGGUUCAUGCCACAUUACAGGUAAUAUGAAAAUGUAUGUUGACUGUGUUAAAUUGCUUGAAUAAUUUAUGAUUUAUUUUUUGUUACAGUUUGUCAAAUCUGUUGUUUAUUUGUUGCCUAACAAUGCUACACUUGUUUCUAUAUUGUUUUGUAAUUGCAUUUAAACUUCUAGGGAUCACUGGGGCUCUAUUGUACAUAACCGCUGUAUGUUUCACUGCACAAAAUGUACAAAUCUGUGUAUUUUAUGUCACAACAUUUUGAAAUGUAACAACUUACGAAAAACUGUGAAACUUUUCUUCAAAUUACGACUCUUGGUUCAGACGCAUCCUCUCAAUUAUUAAUAAAGACCUCUUAAGUACGAUGAAUUAUA